GUCUUUGCAGGCAUGGCCUCACAUGUGCAGGUUCUCUCCCCGCCCACCCUCCAGUCAAGUGCCUUCUGUAGCGUGAAGAAACUCAAAGUGGAGCCGAGUUCCAGCUGGGACAUGACCGGCUACGGCUCCCACAGCAAAGUCUACAGCCAGAGCAAGAACGUGCCACCGGCCCAGCCAGCCACCGCCGCCGUCAGCGUCUCCUUGCCCGUCCCAAACCCCGGCCUCCCUUACGACCAGACUGUCAUCUUCCCGGGCAGCACCGGCCACAUCGUGGUGACCUCAGCCAGCAGCACUUCCGUCCCCGGGCAGGUCCUCGGGGGGCCCCACAACCUGAUGCGUCGGAGCACCGUGAGCCUGCUGGACACCUACCAGAAAUGCGGCCUCAAGCGUAAGAGCGAGGAGCUGGAGAACACGAGCAGCGUGCAGAUCAUCGAAGAGCACCCGCCCAUGACCCAGAACAAUGCCAGCGGGGCCACGGUCGCCACUGCCGCCACCUCCACCGCCACCUCCAAGAACAGCGGCUCCAACAGCGAGGGCGACUACCAGCUGGUCCAGCACGAGGUGCUGUGCUCCAUGACCAACACCUACGAGGUCCUCGAGUUCCUGGGCCGCGGCACCUUCGGGCAAGUGGUCAAGUGCUGGAAGCGGGGCACCAACGAGAUCGUGGCCAUCAAGAUCCUCAAGAACCACCCGUCGUACGCGCGCCAGGGCCAGAUCGAGGUGAGCAUCCUGGCCCGGCUGAGCACCGAGAGUGCUGACGACUACAACUUCGUGCGGGCCUACGAGUGCUUCCAGCACAAGAACCACACGUGCUUGGUCUUCGAGAUGCUGGAGCAGAACCUCUACGACUUCCUGAAGCAGAACAAGUUCAGCCCACUGCCGCUCAAGUACAUCCGCCCGGUCCUGCAGCAGGUGGCCACGGCCCUGAUGAAGCUCAAGAGCCUGGGCCUCAUCCACGCCGACCUCAAGCCCGAGAACAUCAUGCUGGUGGACCCGUCCCGGCAGCCCUACAGGGUCAAGGUCAUCGACUUUGGCUCCGCCAGCCACGUGUCCAAGGCCGUCUGCUCCACCUACCUGCAGUCCAGAUAUUACAGGGCCCCCGAGAUCAUCCUCGGAUUGCCGUUCUGUGAGGCGAUCGACAUGUGGUCCCUGGGCUGUGUCAUCGCCGAGCUGUUCCUGGGCUGGCCGCUGUACCCGGGUGCCUCAGAGUACGACCAGAUCCGGUACAUCUCACAGACGCAGGGGCUGCCAGCAGAGUAUCUGUUAAGCGCAGGGACCAAGACAACCCGGUUUUUCAACCGUGACACGGACUCGCCAUACCCCCUGUGGAGGCUGAAGACACCAGACGACCAUGAGGCAGAGACGGGGAUCAAGUCCAAAGAAGCAAGGAAGUACAUUUUCAAUUGUCUGGACGAUAUGGCCCAGGUGAACAUGACCACAGACCUGGAAGGCAGUGACAUGCUGGUGGAGAAGGCUGACCGGCGGGAGUUCAUCGACCUGCUGAAGAAAAUGCUGACCAUUGACGCCGACAAGAGGGUCACGCCCAUCGAGACCCUGAAUCACCCUUUUGUCACCAUGACGCACCUGCUGGACUUCCCCCACAGUACACACGUCAAGUCCUGCUUCCAGAACAUGGAGAUCUGCAAGCGGCGGGUGAACAUGUACGACACGGUGAACCAGAGCAAGACCCCCUUCAUCACCCACGUGGCCCCCAGCACGUCCACCAACCUGACCAUGACCUUCAACAACCAGCUGAACACUGUCCACAACCAGGCUCCCACCUCCACCAGUGCCACUAUUUCCUUAGCCAAUCCCGAGAUCUCCAUACUAAACUACCCGUCUGCACUCUGCCAGCCCUCCGCGGCGUCCAUGGCUGCAGUGGCCCAGCGAGGCAUGCCCUUACAGACCGGAGCGGCCCAGAUCUGUGCCCGGCCUGACCCCUUCCAGCAAGCGCUCAUCGUGUGUCCCCCCGGCUUCCAAGGGCUGCAGGCCUCUCCCUCAAAGCACGCCGGCUACUCGGUGCGGAUGGACAGUGCUGUGCCCAUCGUCACGCAGGCCCCAGGAGCUCAGCCUCUUCAGAUCCAGCCAGGUCUGCUCGCCCAGCAGGCCUGGCCCAGCGGGACCCAGCAGAUCUUGCUUCCCCCCACCUGGCAGCAGCUCACGGGCGUGGCCACCCACACAUCUGUGCAGCACGCAACUGUGAUUCCCGAGACCAUGGCGGGCACCCAGCAGUUGGCAGACUGGAGGAACACGCACGCCCACGGCAGCCAUUACAAUCCCAUCAUGCAGCAGCCUGCGCUCCUGACGGGUCACGUGACCCUGCCCGCAGCCCAGCCCUUGAAUGUGGGGGUGGCCCACGUGAUGCGACAGCAGCCCACCAGCACCACCUCCUCCCGGAAGAGUAAGCAGCACCAGUCGUCAGCAAGGAACGUGUCCACCUGUGAGGUGUCCUCCUCACAGGCCGUCAGCUCCCCGCAGCGGUCCAAGCGCGUCAAGGAGAACACGCCCCCUCGCUGUGCCCUGGUGCGCAGCAGCCCGGCCUGCGGCCCCACGGUCACCUGCGGGUGGGGCGACGUGGCCUCCAGCAGCUCCCGGGAGCGGCAGCGCCAGACCAUUGUCAUCCCCGACACCCCCAGCCCCACCGUCAGCGUCAUCACCAUCAGCAGUGACACGGACGAGGAGGAGGAGCAGAAGCACCUGCCUUCCAGCACCGUCUCCAAGCAGAGGAAGAACGUCAUCAGCUGUGUCACGGUCCACGACUCCCCCUACUCCGACUCUUCCAGCAGCAACAGCCCUCACUCAGGACAGCCGCGGGCUGGCCACGGGGGCAGCCAUGCCUUCGACAGCAAGGGCGGCCUGGACGCCCACUGCCCUGGGAACCCCCGCACCAUCAUCGUGCCGCCCCUGAAGACCCAGGCCAGCGAGGUGCUGGUGGAGUGUGACAGCCUUGUGCCAGUCAGCAGUAGCCACCACUCUUCAUUCUACAAGUCCAAGUCCUCCCAGAACAUGACCUCCACCAGCGGCCCCUCCUCAGCGGCUUUGCCAGGAGCCGUCCCCUACCGGCAGCAGCGGCCAGCGCCGCCCUUCCAGCAGCAGCCCCUCAACCUCAGCCAGGCCCAGCAGCACAUCACCUCGGACCGCACAGGGAACCACCGCAGGCAGCAAGCCUACAUCGCCCCUACAAUGGCCCAGGCCCCUUACUCCUUCCCCCACAACAGCCCCAGCCAUGGCUCAGUGCACCCCCACCUGGCCGCCGCCGCCGCUCACCUCCCAGCCCAGCCCCACCUGUACACCUACACGGCGCCCGCUGCCCUGGGCUCCACCGGCACCGUGGCCCACCUUGUGGCCUCGCAGGGCUCAGCUCGGCACCCCGUGCAGCACACCGCCUACCCGGCCAGCAUCGUCCACCAGGUGCCCGUGAGCAUGGGUCCCCGGGUGCUGCCCUCGCCCACCCUCCACCCAAGUCAGUACCCCGCCCAGUUUGCCCAUCAGACCUUCAUCAGCGCCUCACCGGCCUCCACUGUCUACACUGGAUACCCGCUGAGCCCCGCCAAGGUCAACCAGUACCCUUACCUAUAG